AUGAACCAAAAAAAAACCCAUUAAAAAACCCAUUAAAAAACCACACUCUUCUUUUUUUUUUGAACCAAAAAAACCACACUCUUCACUGCCUUCUCUUUAGCUUCAAACCCAUUCUCUGCACAAGAAUUAGGGUUUCAUGUGAUGUGGAGUGCUUGAAUCUUUACUCCUGAACUUUUCUCACACUUUCUCCGGAAAAUGAGAGCAAUGGGAAAGAAUGUGCUGGUGUUGGCCCUCACCCUUGUGGUCUUGUUUGGUGGUUUCUCAUCAGCUCAAGCCACUUCUCCUGCAAAGAUUGUUAGUGGGUUUCUCUCAAGUGUUGCCUCUGUUCUGAUGAAAUGGUUGUGGUCACUCAAAGCUACAGCUACCACCAAAACAGCAAUUACUGGCCGUCCGAUGAUGAAGUUUGAGAGUGGGUAUAUUGUUGAGACUGUGUUUGAUGGAAGUAAGCUUGGGAUUGAGCCAUACUCUGUGGAGGUGUUGCCCAGUGGAGAGCUCUUGGUUCUGGACUCUGCUAACAGUAAUCUCUACAAGAUCUCUUCUCCUUUGUCUCAAUAUAGCCGACCGAGGCUGGUUGCUGGAUCUGCUGAAGGAUACUCUGGACAUAUAGAUGGGAAAGCUAGGGAGGCAAGGAUGAACCACCCAAAGGGACUCGCAGUGGAUGACAGAGGGAACAUUUAUAUUGCUGAUACUAUGAAUAUGGCGAUCAGGAAAAUAGGUGAUGCAGGGAUUACAACAAUAGCAGGAGGCAAAUGGGGUCGUGGAGGGGGGCAUGUAGAUGGACCGAGUGAAGAUGCAAAGUUUUCAAAUGAUUUUGAUGUGGUUUACAUUGGAAGUAGUUGCUCCCUCCUUGUCAUAGACAGAGGAAACCAGGCAAUCCGGGAGAUUCAACUGCAUUUUGAUGAUUGUGCUUACCAAUAUGGAAGUGGUUUCCCUCUUGGAAUCGCAGUGCUUGUGGCAGCUGGCUUCUUCGGUUACAUGCUGGCAUUGCUGCAACGAAGGGUUGGUACCAUAGUGUCUCCCCCAAGUGAGGAUGAGACAACACCAAAACAGAGCAUUCCUCCAAGUCCAUAUCAGAAGUCUAUGAAAUCUUCAGUGAGGCCACCACUAAUUCCAACCGAAGAUGAUCAGGAAAAGCAAGAAGAAGGCUUAUUUGGAUCUCUUGGCAAGCUUCUUGUCAACACUGGGGCAUCAGUCACAGAAAUCUUCACGGGGAUAUUUCCAGGUUUUAGAAAGAAGUCGCCAAGCUAUCAAUAUCAACAACCCCAACAGCACAAAUAUUUAAAUGCUUGGCCAGUGCAAGAGAGCUUUGUGAUUCGAGAUGAAGACGAGCCUCCUUCUAUUGAAACCAGAACCCCUACUCCGCGCAAAAUGUACCCAUUCAUGUCCAAGGAUGCCGAGAAAAUGCAACAGCUCCGGCAGAGCCAUGCUUUUUAUAGCGGAUGGGACGGUGAUUUCCAGCAGCAACAGCAGAAACAGCAACAACAUCAUCAUCACCAGUAUCAUUCAUCGCCCCCACAAACUUACUAUGAGCAGAGUUUUGAGAAAACCAAUGAGCUCUUUCUAUUUUACAUGUAUUCGGAUAGGGGUGUCAGGUGCGGGUAUAUGUCUAAGUGUUCAACUAGUUGUCAAUUUAAGGACACUAAUACAUGACUAGAUUUCAUAUUUUUUAAAUGUUCCUCUUGUUUUUUAAUGGUAAAAUAUGUAUACAAACUAAAAAAUAGCAUUUCAUAUAUAACAUGGAAGUUUUAUGCAUAGCUAUAUAAUAAAUUGUAUACAUAUUUGUUGGUUGUAUAUCCAGCUAGGCAUAUUAGACACAUCCCAAUCUUUUAUCCUAAGUGUAAGUGUUUGAUGCGGGAGCACUGCACAAAUUUAAAAGAGUCCAUGUAACAUAGCAUUUCUUAAUGGCGCUGAUACCGUCCUUUGUGGCUAUCAUUGUCGUAUUUCUAGUAAAAGUAGUAAGAACUUUUUUGAUGACCUUACCUUUUGUUGUCCCUGAGAGUUUGAA